CUAGAAUUCCACGUCACUAAGCUAAUCCUUUCCAAUGCCACCAUCAUCCCCAUCCAUGUCUCUGAAUCCUCGAAAUCAAGAUUGAUCCAAGAUCAGCGGAUCGAUCGAUAUGCAGAUCCACAUGUCCUCCUUCUCCCUUCCCACAUCCACCCCCAAACCCAAACGCAAACCCUUCCGUCCCAUCAUCGCCUCCUCAUUCUCCAUCUCCGAUCAAGACCUCCAAUCCCGCGGCUUCACCCAACACCGCUCCUCCACCGACCUCGACCUCGACGCUCUCAACACCGUCUUCGCCCGCGUCGGUUUCCCCCGCCGUGAUCUCACCCGCAUUCGCCGCGCUCUCGAUCACUCCUCCUCUCUCCUCUGGCUCUCCCAUUCCAAGCCCGGCGAACCCGUCGCCUUCGCUCGUGCGACCGGCGAUGGCGUCUUCAAUGCCGUUGUUUGGGACGUCGUCGUUGAUCCUUCGUUUCAAGGCAUAGGGCUUGGGCGCGCCGUCAUGGAGCGCAUCGUCGCUGACUUGCGUGGCAUGGGGAUUGUGAACAUUGCCUUGUAUGCUGAGCCCCGGGUCAUCGGCUUCUACCGCCCUCUUGGCUUCGCCGCCGACCCUGAUGGGAUUAAGGGUAUGGUUUUCUCCAAGAAGAACAUUAUCAAUAGAACAUCAUGAUUUUUUUUUAUUAUUUUAUUAUUUAUUUUUUUUAAGUUUGUUU